AUGGUUAGCAACCUGACACAGCAUACGCGCGGUUGGGACUUGGGAGAUGAUGAACUCUGCCCAUACGAUGCAGCCCAAAGCAGACCUGCAUUUCUGGCGGCGAUGACGUUUCGGGAUCGUCUUUGGAGGCUCAAGCCAUCGACUAUCCUUACCGCAUUCCCGGUAAGUCAUGUGAAGCGGCACUUCACAGCCUGGAUACCACUUUUCUCUCAUCAGGAGAAGCUUUGA